GUUUAAUUGAAAAAUCAUCCCUUCUUCUUUAUAUCUAAUAUAUAGGUUGGCAUGGUAGCACAGACCUAGUUCUAUAUCUUUACGUUCUUUCUUUAGUGUUUCGACAAAUCCGAUAUGUGAAACUGUGUUUGGUGGACACAAGAUUGAAAUGCUGUAUUGGCUCAUCUUCAUUGAUCUGGUGCUGCUAGUCUCAUCUAUGUCGUCUCCUGGAGAAUUCGUCAAUCCGAGUGCAGAGGCGACUCAGAAUCCGAUCUGGGUGACUGGGACUCAACAGAUGUUAUCAUGGGAAACAAAUCUUAAAAACUACACCAUGGCGCUGUGGAAUCAGAACUCGGAUGGAAAUGGAUAUUCCAAGGGUCCAUCUCUUUUAGAAUCCUAUGAUGGAGAUACAUCACUGAACUGGACAGUUCAGACAUACGCAUUCUCAUUAUCUUUAUCUCCCGUUUUUUACCUACUACUUGAACCCGGGACUCUCAACGAUAACGGCAACAUCACCAUACCAACCAGUCCAUCUAUCGUCUCGCAUACUUUCAACAUAACCUCCACGACACCGAGUGUAGAAGGGGACAAGAAAGAUCACAAACUGGGACUUAUCCUCGCCCUAUCCCUGACUAUUCCAUUCGUUCUUAUAUGCACCGCAUUAGCUAUCUACCUCAUUCGUUCGAGACGACGACGACAACGCGCCCUUGAAACUCCACCUCAUUAUCAAUAUCCCCAUCAUGUUGGAUUUCGACGUCGGCCAAAUCGAUUCUUCGCCGCCGCAAGCAGCUCCCCUACUGCAUUUACUUUUCCAGAUCAAGAAGACUCUCAAGAUCGAAGGCGAAAAGGUAGCAAAAGCAGCAACAACAACGGAAUUUACUUUCCACCUCCUCCGACCACUCCAAAGUCGCCUCUAUCAUUCGCAUCUAGUCUGAAAAGCCUACGCGGUCUCAAAGGGAAUACAAUGAGUCCAGGUCAAAAUACAAUUAAUAGUUAUCGAUUUAGUCCAACGUAUCCCCCAAGUAAUCCUCGAGGCCCUGGCAAAUAUCAUCAAACAACUCAUAUAUCACCCACAUAUUACCCUUUGCAAAGAAUUUCAUCACUUACCUCCACAGAGGCUGGAAAUCCGCACAUUCAACAAUUGCAAGAAGCGCAAGAAGAGCUUACUAUCGAGCGUCAAAAACAAGGGCUACGGAUGGGUUACCAGCCUCCAGAGAUAAGUCCAUAUGACGAACCUCGAGUCGGACAAGACCAUGGGGAUCAAAAAUUUGUCAUUAAACCUUAUAUGCCACCGGAAAUGCCAGCGUCUGUCAAGAAGAGAUAUCUUGAAGAGCAGGCCGAAGAAAGAAUUGCGAGAAGGAAAUACGAUUAUGAUCAGCCGGAUGAACUGUGGUAGGGAAUAAUGAACGGUGUUUGGGCUCAAAGACGAUGUGAGCUGCGGCACAAUUUCGCUUAAAGUUUAUCACCCCAUCGUCACGGCAAUUUUCACUUCUUCGGUAUAUAAUUAAGGAUGCAAAGGAAUUUUUUUCGGAAAUCGGAAUAUCUGUAGAGACUAUAUGGAGGGCGCCUUCCGGGAUGGCGAAGUAGAGGAGAUACCCAAACAUGCAAUGGCUAAUCACGAAGCCAUUAUUUCAUAAACUAUCAUAUAAUUCACAAAGAAAUAACUUCAAUUCAAACGUUUUCCAGUAAGCCUAGCCAAUAAAA